UGACUUCCGGUGAAGACAAAGCGGCGCUCUGUUUUUAAUGUAACAAGAAUCAACGGAACCUUGCAAGCAAUGGAGACUUUAAUAAGAUAACUUCACUUGUUUAUUUAAGCGAAAGUGGACUGUCCAAAAUGGCAAUUUCAAUGGAAACUCAGCUUCAGACCAUAUUCGAGGAAGUUGUGAAAACGGAGUUUAUAGAAGAAGCUUUUACCGGCAUGUUUAUGGAUACCCCCGAGGAUGAGCGAACUAAACUUGUCAGGUGUCUAAGUGCCUUUCGUCAGUACUGGAGCACUCUCCCUCAGGAUUCUCAUGAUCAGUGUGUACAGUGGAUUGUGCGGUUUAUCCAUGGUCAGCACAGUCCCAAGCGAAUCUCCUUUCUGUACGACUGCCUGGCGAUGGCUGUGGAAACCAACCUUUUAUCCCCUAGGAUGGUUUGUGAAGCUUUGAUUAACUCGGAUAGCUUGGAGUGGGAACGAACUCAACUGUGGGCUCUGACUUUCCAGCUCAUCCGCAAGAUUAUCGGAGGGGUGGAUUAUAAGGGAGUUCGAGAUCUUCUGAAGGUUGUCCUGGAGAAGAUCCAGACCAUUCCCAACACUGUGAGCUCUGCAGUGGUCCAGCAGCUUCUGGCUGCACGAGAGGUGGUGGAGUACAUCCUGGACAGGAACGCCUGUCUUUUGCCAGCGUAUUUCGCCGUAACAGAAAUCCGAAAACUGUAUCCUGAGGGAAAGUUGCCACAUUGGCUGUUGGGCAGUCUGAUAUCUGACUUUGUGGACAGUUUCAGACCUACUUCAAGAAUAAACUCCAUUUGCGGGCGCUGCAGCCUGCUCCCCGUGGUCAACAAUUCGGGGGCCAUCUGUAAUUCCUGGAAGCUGGACCCCACCACGCUUCGCUUCCCCCUGCGAGGGAUGCUGCCCUACGACAAGGACUUGUUUGAGCCGCAGACAGGGUUGCUGAGAUACGUGUUGGAGCAGCCAUACUCUCGUGACAUGGUCUGCAACAUGUUAGGGCUCAACAAGCAGACCUUGAACAUUGCUCAGCACAAGCAGCGCUGCCCGGUUCUGGAGGACCAGCUGGUGGACCUGGUGGUGUACGCCAUGGAGCGCUCGGAGACAGAGGAGCAGUUCGACGACGGCGGCACCAGCCAGCUGCUGUGGCAGCACCUGUCCAGCCAGCUCAUCUUUUUCGUGCUCUUCCAGUUUGCCAGCUUCCCACACAUGGUGCUUUCGCUGCACCAGAAGCUGGCUGGCCGCGGCCUCAUCAAAGGCAGAGAUCACCUGAUGUGGGUCCUUCUGCAGUUCAUCUCCGGAAGCAUCCAGAAGAAUGCCCUGGCUGACUUCCUUCCGGUCAUGAAGCUGUUCGACCUGCUGUACCCCGAGAAGGAGUGUAUCCCAGUGCCCGACAUCAACAAGCCCCAGUCCACCCACGCCUUCGCCAUGACCUGCAUCUGGAUUCACCUCAACAAGAAGGCGCAGAACGACAACUCCAAGCUGCAGAUCCCUAUACCGCAUUCUCUGAAGCUUCACCACGAGUUCCUGCAGCAGAGCCUGCGCAGCAAGAGCCUCCAGAUGACGGACUACAAGAUCGCGCUGCUCUGUAACGCCUACUCCACCAACUCGGAGUACUUCACGCUGCCCAUGGGCGUGCUGGUGGAGACCAUCUACGGCAACGGCAGCAUGCGCAUCACACUGCCGGGCACCAACUGCAUGGCGUCGGGCUCUGUCACACCCCUGCCCAUGAACCUGCUGGACUCCCUCACCGUGCACGCCAAGAUGAGCCUGAUCCACAGCAUAGCCACACGUGUGAUCAAGCUGGCCCACGCCAAGUCCAGCAUCGCCCUGGCCCCCGCUCUGGUGGAAACCUACAGCCGCCUGCUGGUCUACAUGGAGAUCGAGUCCCUGGGAAUCAAAGGCUUCAUCAGCCAGCUCCUGCCAAACGUCUUCAAGUCGCACGCCUGGGGCAUCCUGCAUACCCUGCUGGAGAUGUUCAGCUACCGCAUGCACCACAUCCAGCCUCACUACCGCGUCCAGCUGCUCAGCCACCUGCACUCGCUGGCCGCAGUGCCUCAGACCAACCAGAACCAGCUGCACCUGUGUGUGGAAAGCACAGCCCUCCGGUUGAUCACGGCGCUUGGGAGCUCAGAAGUCCAGCCCCAGUUCACACGCUUCCUCAGCGACCCUAAGACUGUGCUGUCGGCGGAGUCGGAGGAGCUGAACCGCGCCCUCAUCCUCACACUGGCCCGGGCCACGCACGUGACAGACUUCUUCACCGGCUCCGACUCCAUACAGGGCACCUGGUGUAAGGACAUCCUGCAGACCAUCAUGAGCUUCACUCCGCACAACUGGGCUUCGCACACGCUGAGCUGCUUCCCUGCCCCACUGCAGGCGUUCUUCAAGCAGAACAACGUGCCUCAGGAGAGCCGCUUCAACCUGAAGAAGAACGUCGAGGAGGAGUACAGGAAGUGGAAGUCCAUGACUAACGAGAAUGACAUCAUAACACACUUCUCCAUGCAGGGCUCCCCGCCUCUCUUCCUGUGUCUGCUGUGGAAGAUGCUUCUGGAAACAGACCACAUCAACCAGAUUGGUUUCAGGGUCCUGGAGCGGAUCGGCGCCAGAGCGUUGGUGGCCCACGUCCGGACCUUCGCCGACUUCCUGGUGUACGAGUUCUCGACGUCUGCCGGGGGCCAGCAACUAAACAAGUGCAUCGAGAUUCUCAACGACAUGGUGUGGAAGUACAACAUCGUCACGCUGGAUCGCCUCAUCCUCUGCUUGGCCAUGAGGAGUCACGAGGGCAACGAAGCUCAGGUCUGCUACUUCAUCAUCCAGCUGCUGCUUCUCAAGCCCAACGACUUCCGCAACCGCGUCAGCGACUUCGUCAAGGAGAACGCCCCGGAGCACUGGCUGCAGAGUGACUGGCACACCAAGCACAUGUCCUACCACAAGAAAUACCCUGAGAAGCUGUACUUCGAGGGCCUGGCGGAGCAGGUUAACCCGCCACUGCAGCUGCAGCCGCAGUAUCUGCCUAUCUACUUCGGCAACGUGUGCCUCCGCUUCCUGCCCGUCUUCGACAUCGUCAUCCACCGAUUUCUGGAGCUGCUGCCCGUCUCCAAAUCCUUGGAGACGCUGCUGGACCACUUGGGUGGCCUCUACAAGUUCCACGACCGGCCUGUGACGUACUUGUACAACACGCUACACUACUAUGAACGACACCUGCGCGAUCGCACCAGCCUGAAGCGUAAGCUGGUGCAUGCCAUCAUGAGCUCGCUGAAGGACAACCGCACCCCAGGAUGGUGCCUGAGCGAGACCUACCUCAAGUUCGGCAUGAACGCGCGCGAAGACAACGUCUGGAUACCGGAUGACACCUACUACUGCAAGUUGAUCGGACGUCUGGUCGACACCAUGGCGGGCAAAUCUCCCGGGCCUUUUCCCAACUGCGAUUGGAGGUUCAAUGAGUUCCCAAACCCCGCGGCGCACGCCCUGCACGUGACCUGCGUAGAGCUCAUGGCCCUGGCCGUCCCCGGGAAGGAAGUGGGCAACGCGCUGCUCAGCGUGGUGCUGAAGAGCCAGCCCCUCGUCCCCAGGGAGAACAUCACCGCCUGGAUGAAUGCCAUAGGCCUGGUGAUCACAGCCCUGCCGGAGCCAUACUGGGUGGUCCUGCACGACCGCAUCGUGAGUGUGGUGAGCAGCCCCUCCCUCACCUCGGAGACUGAGUGGGUGGGUUACCCCUUUCAGCUGUUCGACUUCACCGCCUGCCAUCAGUCCUACUCGGAGAUGUACUGCAGCUAUGUGCUGGCCCUGGCCCACGCCGUGUGGCACCACUCCAGCAUCGGCCAACUCUCCCUCAUCCCCAAGUUCCUGUCAGAGGUUCUGAAGCCCAUCGUGAAGACCGAGUUCCAGCUGCUCUACGUGUACCACCUGGUGGGCCCCUUCCUGCAGCGCUUCCAGCAGGAGCGGACGCGCUGCAUGCUCGAGAUCGGAGUGGCUUUAUACGAGAUGCUUCAGGCCGUGGACCAGCUCAGCAAGCAUCUGGUCUAUAUAGACCCCAUCUGUGACUUCCUCUACCACGUCAAGUACAUGUUCACCGGGGACAGCGUCAAGGACCAGGUGGAGAAGAUCAUCUGCACGCUGCGGCCCGCCGUCAAGCUCCGGCUCCGCUUCAUCACACACAGCAGCAAGAUGGAGCCAGCAGCCCCCAGUGCCCCCCCCGCCGGGGUGGCCUCCCCCACCGGGCAGCCCCCCCAGGGCUCUGUCAGCGUCCCGCUGUCCGUCGCUCAGUGAAGCCCCUUUCCAGCCGGUCCCCACCUGACUGCUGUGAUUGCACCUUGGCCUUGGCCCAUGGGAUGCUCUGCUUUCCCUGUCUGGAACCCAGUGGGCAGCUGCUCAGGACCCCUCGUCUCUGCCGCAGUUACCCAGCAGUUACCCCAUAGCUCCUCAACAUUCACCUAUCACACAUUUUUCUCACUUGGUCCUCUUUGGUUGUUCUUUAGGAACAUCCACCAAUCAGCUUGGAGUGUGCUAUAUUUGUCCCCGCCCCCUUCGGCGCUGAAAUGUUCACUGUCUUCCUACUGAUUGGUUGUCGCCCCCCCUCGCCCGGUAACAGCCAACGUAUCAGAGGACCAUGUGCAUAAACUGUGACUUUCCCCAAAAUGGAAUGACAGAUUUCUUAUUUUUGUAAACUGCUUCCUCCUUAAGCAUCACCUCUGUAGAAAAGCGGGAAAUAGUUCCGGAAUCAUCAUGGAGAAGUUUGCUUUCUGCGUUGCGUUGCCCCUGCUGCCAAGGUGUGUAUAUAAAUGGCAGUCGUUCCCAGCUCCUCCUCAUCAUGACAGCAGUAAAUUGCCUGCCUUCACAAGGGGCUCUCCUUCAUGGAACAUUUAAGUUAUGUAGCUGUUUUAAAAUGAGAUAUUCACCGAAAACCAUGUCUUUUGAAAAUAAAAUCCGGUUUAUUGUA